CUUUUAUUUAAAAAAAAAAAAUCAACUUGCUCUUUUACAAAUAAGAAAGUUUUAGAUAAUGGCAGACGAAGGUCUAAGUCAAGAAGACUUUAGAAAACUCUUACAAACACCACGUCCAGGAAGUGAAACAUCUUCAACGUAUAAAUUCAAAGCACCACCACCGAAGGCACAACGAAAUGAAGGAUCAGCUGUUUUUGCCAAACCAACAUCUUUAAAGAACAAAAAGAAACGUCAUGCAAAUGAUGAUGAGAAAAAGUCAACUACACAACGAAACUACCGUGAUCGAGCAGCAGAGCGACGAGUGGGAGAACAACAACAAGAACCAUCAGAAGAUCAACAAACGACUGAAGAUUUGCUAAGACCCAUGGAACAGAACGAAGCUUUGGAUGCACAACAAGUCUAUGAACAAUCUAAAUAUUUGGGUGGGGAUAUUCAACAUACACAUCUUGUCAAGGGAUUGGAUUUCACAUUACUGAACAAGGUGCGACAACAGAUUCGAGAACGUGAAGAAAAGAACGCUAUGGCUACCUCACCUACGGAUGAUAUGGAUGGUAAUCAAUCGGCAACAACAGAAACAGCAACAACAACAGUGACAGAAGAACAAGCUGAAGAUGUAUUAGACAAUGUUUUGGAUCGUUUGGAUCGUGGUGAAAAUAUGAUGACAGAAAACAUAAACGAUGCUCUUUCUAUGCAAGACAAGAAUCGAUUAUCAGCAACAGCAAAGUCACUCCAGGCUCUUUUUGCACCAUCCAUGACUACAAAACCUAUACAUGAACUUUUUCGCCCAGGUCGGAUGGCAUUUUUGUUUCCUAUGAAUACUUCUGAUCCUUUUGCGAUGCCAACAGCAGUCAUACGAAGCAAAGCUGAUCUUCAACAACGCAAAACUUCCUCACAACUUUCCGGCUGGUCCGAUGAUGCUCUUGAAGAAUCAGAACUGGUCCUUUCCAAGGUGGCACAGGUCAUGGUACGAAAUAGAUUAGAACAACAACAAGAACAGGAACGCAUGAAGCAGCUUCAGCAACAACAGGAAGCAGCUUUGACAAAAAAAUCCAUAGCAGCAUCUUCAACUACUCUUGGAAACAAUAUGAUGGAUGAUGAUGAUGACGAUGAUAACCUUAUUUUCAGUGAUGUAGAAGGAGAUUACAGUUUGGAUGAAGCGAUGAUUGAACAACGCAAACAACAACAACAAAAAGAAGAAGAAAAAGUUAAGGAGGAAAAGUCAACAACAAUGCAACGUACCAACUAUUUCAUGGACAAUGACGAUACAAGAAUGGAAGAUACUGUGACAGUAGAAACUGGAACAUCAUCAAUCAGUGGUAUGGACAACGUUUUAGGCGCGAAACGGAAAUAUCAAGCUGGACCUGAAGAUAUAUUGGAUGCAGAUAGUCAGGAUAUAGAUAUGUUUGGACUCAGUACAACAGCACUACCAACUUCAUUUACUGAUCGUCAACGAAUGGUGUUAGAUGAAGAAGAAGUAGAAGAAGAGGAUGAUGAUAAGAAGAAACAGCAAGCAACAUUAUUGAUUGAUCAAGGAACACACAAGAACAAAAAGGCACAAUUGUCAAGGUGGGACUUUGAUGAUGAAGAACAAUGGCAACAGUACAAAGCAACAGUAGAAAUUCAACCAAAGAGUGCAGCUCAAUUCGGGGUCAAGAUGAGUGAUGGACGAAAACGCAACAAGGAACGACGAGUCAUGACUGAAAAACAAAAAUUGAAUAGGGAAUACCAGCAAGUCAAAGGCAUCAUGGAAAAGAAAUAUGGUAAAGGAUGAUUAGUUUUUUAGUUUUUUGAAACAAUAAAAAAAAAAGGAAUAUUUUUUUAGCGAUACUUUUUA